AUGGCAGCGCCUGUUGAGAAUGCUGAUCUGGUCGUUAUCGGUGCUGGAUGGUACGGCCUCGCCGCUGCAAAGACAUAUCUCGAAGUCCAUCCUGAUGCUAAACUCAUCAUCCUCGAGGCUGAGUCCUCCGUGGGCGGGGUAUGGGCUGACCACCGACUCUACCCAAGUCUCGUGUCCAACAACAUGCUCGGCACCUACGAGUACAGUGACUUCCCUAUGGAUGAGGAGACCUGGGGCGUCAAGCCCGGGCAGCACAUUCCGGGGAAAGUGCUGCAUGACUAUCUAACGAAGUAUGCAGAGCAUUUCGGCGUGCUACAGCAGGUACGGCUCAACUCCAAGGUAGAAACUGCCGAGCGCGGAGUGGAGGGGGGAUGGCUGUUGAGGAUAAACCACCGGCCGGGCUCGAUAUUGGCGAGGAAAUUAGUUGUUGCAACGGGCGUGGCAUCGGAGGCAUUCCUGCCAACUUUGGAGGGGCAGGAGUCGUUUGGGGUGCCAUUAUUCCAUAGCAAGGACAUGUUGCAACACGUCGAAACGCUGGAGACGACCAAGUUGGUUACGGUUUUAGGGUCUACUAAGUCCGGUUGGGAUGCAGUGUAUGCGUAUGGGUCGAAAGGCAUCAAGGUCAACUGGGUGAUUAGAGCAUCCGGACACGGCCCCUGCUGGAUGGCACCUCCAUAUGUCACUCCUCUUAAGAAGUGGCUCGAGAAACUCAUCCAUACUCGAUUCCUAACUUGGCUUUCUCCCUGCGUCUGGGCCGACGCUGAUGGCUACGGGCCGGUCCGUCGCUUCUUCCACGGCACCGCUAUUGGGCGCUUCUUCGUGGAUCGCUUCUGGGCAAUUCUUCGUGGUGACUUGAUAACGCUGAACAACUAUGAUUCUCACCACGACACCGCAAAACUCAAGCCCUGGAUUUCUCCAUUCUGGAUCGCUACGGGCCUGGGCAUCCUCAACUACGAAACCGAUUUCUUUGAGUUAGUAAAGCGCGGCAACGUGAAGGUUCAUGUUGCAGACAUUACACAGCUUUCGAAGGGGAAGGUUCAUCUCUCAUCUGACGAGAUCCUCGACACAGAUGCGCUCAUCCUUGCUACUGGCUGGAAACGCACCACUUCGAUAAAAUUCCUCCCCCCCGGCCUGGAAGCCCAAUUGGGCCUCCCAUCGAGCAAGAGCAAUAGCAACAGCAAAGCGGAGCAAGCAUCCCUAACAGCCCGCGCUGAUGCCGAGAUCCUAUCUAGAUACCCACGGUUGAAGGACCAACCCGAGCCGAACAAAAUGUUCAAGCCCCUAUCCAGCGCCGACCCCGCAAUCCAAAAUGAGGAAAGCCUGUCGGCGUUAAACCUAUACCGCUUCAUGGUGCCUACGGACGCGGAGCUACUGGCAGCGCAUGAUAUCGCCUUUGCGGGCAAUCUAAUGACGAUAACAACUUCUAUAGUAGCGCAGACACAGGCACUAUGGAUAACUGCUUAUUUCGACGGGAAGGUCUCCCCUCUUGCAUCUUCAGCCUCCAUCUUGGCGGCAAAUCCCACCUCCCAAGCAACGGACGCUGCAACCGAACCAGCUAAGCAGAUCGCCUCAGUCCGGUAUUCCGCCAGGCUCCACAACCGCUUCGGAAAGUGGCGGACUCCGGGCGGGUUUGGUGCCACGAUUCCUGAUUUUGCGUUUGAUGCGAUGCCGUACCUUGAUAUGCUGCUUGUAGAUCUGGGGUUGAGGUCAAGACGGAAAGCAGGCUUUCUGAAGGAGGUAUUCGAGCCUUAUGGACCGGAAGACUAUGUAGGUAUAGUAAAGGAGUGGGUUAAUAGGCAACCAGCCGUCGAAGCAGGAAAUACCACUCCCCUGGACAAGGUUGACAAGGUUGACAAGGUAUGGCUUCUAAACGUUUGA